AUCAAAGUGUCAAAUUAAAAUACAUGUUUUGAUUUUUUUGCGUAAAUAAUUUUAGUGUAAAAAUAUAAAUGUACUACAAAAAGUAAAAGUAAUGCUAUCAAAACUCGUGGCAGGCAGUUUAUAGACUGACAAUGCGAUCGUGACGCGUGGGGUUGGCGAGAAGUGCCGCGUCGAAUAUGCUCGAUGUUAUUACGGCGAGGAGCCUACAGUAAAAUGCCUUGCGAAAGUUGUGCAGUUCAGUUUAGUGUGUUUAGGCGGAAGCGGGCUUGUUGUGAAUGCGAACGCUACUACUGCAGCGGCUGCUUGAGGCGCGGCGGCGGCGCCAUGUGCGCCCCUUGCCGGGUACUCUCCACUAGGCCCCUGUCUCGCCAAACAAUAGCCCACCUGAAAGUGCGCGACCUACAAUGCUUCCUACAUCGCCAGAAUGUUUCCACGAGGGGCUGCGUCGAAAAAGAAGAGUUGGUGAGCCUCUGCGUGGCGCACGUGAACAGCGCCGCGUACCGCCGCCGCGGCUCGCGCGCCGGCGCCUCCCCGUUCAGCACGCUGAAGGGGUUCACCAACAACAUCAACGUGCUGAUCAACAACGCCUUCGACCUGCGCACAGCCACGCCCGCCCCGCCACCUCCUUCUAGCAACUGCUACAACUCGUCCCAUUCGCACCCGUCGCCCGCCGCCCACAACGCGAGCAAUGGCAAUAAUGGUGCGCCCCCCGCCAGGGAGCGGUUCACCACCAGACCCGGCGGCGAGGAAGACAUCACAGUGCCGGUGCCGGCGAUGUCGCGCAGCGCGUCCGGCGACAGCGCGCCGCCGGCGGGGCGCCGCGACACCGACGACUGCUUCGAGGUGGAGGACCUCGGCUGGGAGUUCGUGGCGCGCCCCGCCGACCCGCUGCCCGACGACUCUGACGUGUUAAUAGCGGAGAACGAGCUGAGCGUCUCCAUGAGCGUGUCGGGCGCGCGGCGCGCCGCCAGCGAGCUGGAGCUGCGGCCCGCGGCGGACGACGCGGCCGACAGCGGCAGUCUGCAGGAUGAACCUGUCAUAGGGCACAGCUCUAGUGUCCCGAAGCAGAUCACGCUGGAGAGCCUCGCGUCGGAGCAGCAGCUGGAGGAGCUGAACGUGAAGCAGCUGAAGGAGCUGCUGAGCCGGAACCGCGUGGAGUUCCGCGGCUGCCUGGAGCGCGCCGAGCUGCUGCAGCGCGCGCGCACGCUCUACCGCCACCACAUGCGGCACCGGGACGACGUAGACAGCUUGCCGCUGGAGGAGUGCUGCAAGAUCUGCAUGGCGGCGCCGCUGGAGUGCGUGCUGCUGGAGUGCGGGCACAUGGCCGCCUGCACCGCCUGCUCGCGGCAGCUGGCCGAGUGCCCCAUCUGCAGGCAGUAUGUGGUCCGCGCCGUCAGGGUGUUCCGCUCCUGAGACACGGCUCACCGCGCGGAGCAGGGACCCUGAGGACGUCCAGGACUUCGGAAUCCAAGGGCUCGUAUUGUCGUACCCAGCUAUAAGUGAAGCUAUGCAUCUGAGAAAAUUAUUGGCUGAUUUCGAUUUUUUUUAUGUUUUCUACCACUUACGUUUUGAAAGUGACAUGUGGAUGUGUGAGCCGGAGAACAAAUGCCGAUAUAUGUUUUCAAAUACUAUCGUAAAAGAUGUAGUUUAUUUAUAGCUGCGCACAGAACGCCGCCACGUACAUAGUUCGUAGUUUGUUUGAUGUCAAACUGCAAAACAUUGUGUAAAUAUUCAUUUUAUAAAGCUAUUAUUUUGUAUGAGCUUCAAUUGUUAUCGAUUAUUUCGUAUCUUUUAGACUGUAAGUCUAUAGACUGUAGAUGAAUCAUCCUGAUUUAAAAAAUAUUUUUUUUUUAAUUCGGUAAUAGACAAAAUUUUAAUUGAUAUGGGAUUGUCUGACACAAUGUGCUUUAAUAUGUGCUUGACUUGUUUAAAUUGGCGCGGGUAGUUGUAAUUAGUAGAGGUAAAUGAAGUCUGAUAUUUUUCCAUUGUUGAAUUGUUAUAAAAAUUGAAAAAAAUAUAUGAUAAAACUAAAAAAAAAGAGAAAAAGUUAUUAUCUAUGGUUUUUAAACGAAAUAAAUGCCUUUGGUUUGCUGCUCCGUGACGUAAAAACCGAAUACGGGUAAGUAAAUUUGCCCAAUACUCUUGUAUUCGGAUUUUGUACUACAUGUUGAUUUUAAACCGCAAACCUUCCAUAACUUCUAUUUCUGUAAUAGUAUGUAUAUUUUUCAUUCAAGUUUUCAAUCAUUACGAGUAUUUCAGUUCAUCGUACACAGUUGUCCUUUCCCUAACUAAAUUAAAAAACGAAAUUGUAUAUAAUUUGUCCGAACAAAUUUGUGUUUUAUGUUUAACGUAGUAAGUGCUAGCGAUCCUGCGGCUGUGCUAUAUACGAGUUCCCACCGACGACGUGACAGCGGCGAUUCUUAACGACAACUAAAGGUAGCAUUCGGUUCUUAGCGACCGGGCCACCCUCUGCUCAGUGUUAAUUUAUAUGGAGCGUUAAAGAAAUCAUUAUGGUGUCGCGCGACCUGUGGUAAUCGCAUCGGGGGCCGUGUCGCCUCUGUCGCUAAGAACCGAACUUUACUUUAACUUCGUCCAUUCCCUGUUGUCGCCACUAAGGAUAAAUGGGAAAAAUAAUCCCAAUUGUCAACAGGGGUGUUUGUUUUAUCGCGAAAUUACUGUUGCUACAUUCGUUUAAAUAUAUGUAAAGUUCUUACGUAUUUGUAAUUUUUUUUAUGACAGCCACCUAGUCGGCUGGGCUCUUGCCAAAUUUGACAGGUGAAUGUGUCUUAUUUUCUCUCUCUUUCGGAGCAUAUGUUGCGGUUGUGCGUCAAGUCGGUGGGUCUCUUACAACAUAUUUUCGUAGAACGUUAGGUUAGUGUACAUUGUUUAGCAUUAAACAUACGGUGGACUGUACGGUGGGUGUCGAAGAGUUCAGGCGAGUCUUUGUCGUUAUUAGUAAUACAAAAGUCCCGGUGAGUGUAUAAAUUAGAAUUAAAAAUAAUGAAAAAAAAAACGUUGUGUUUGCAAAAAUUACAUGAACUAAGUUUUAUUCCUUGUCUAUUCAAUGCAGGGAUCAGAGGAGUUAGUGUGAGUUUUACUCGGUCAAACGCGUCGAGACAGUAAACGCAGAGUUUGUAUGGAGUUGCAUUAGUGCCAUUGCGUUACCACUUGGCGCUGAUUAAAUCACAUACAAAUUCGCGUUUGAUCGAGUAAAACUCGCACUAACCUCUCUGAAGAGAAUCAGAUCAGGCAUCAAGAUUGGUUCCCAGGCAAAAAAUAUGUAUUGUUAGAAGUUGUACAUUUAAAUCCACUUUUCGACUGGCCUUAUCGAAUCGUACCUUAAAAUAUUUGGUUCGCCUUCCAAUAUUAUUUUUAAAAUAUAAUAAUAUGUAUAUAGUUAUAGUCAAAUUUUGAUAUGCGCUUUAGUAUGCAUCGUUCCAGUAUUGAUAAAACUUACCAGUAAUAGCCAUUGUAAAGAAACUUUCAAAUUCAAUAUUUUUACAAUCUCUUUGAAAUUUUUAAAUUUAGAAAUUAAAGAAAUAAAACAAAAUGUUGAUAACAAUAACAAUAUAUUUGUCGGGGAUCUUCGUAUCGAUACAGUAAAAUCCUGAAAUCGAUUUAAUCGUGUUGUUACUGUCUAAUUGUAUGGAAUUAGACAGUGACAGCGCGAGUGUUACAAAUGUCAUAAGCAGAAUAUUUCAAAUAUAAGGGCUCGUGUAGAAAGAAAGGCUCAUUACGCUUUACAUGCGUAAUUUCAUAGGUACAUGUUUGUAAAGUAAUAUGUUAUUUUUUACAUCUUAAACCCGUUUUGGUGGUACAAACAAACAAACAAAGAUUUGUUAUAGAUGUCCUGAUAUAUUUCCCGUAACGUAAUGCUAAGAUGUACCGCGUUUUUUUUUUCACUUUAAUAAUAUUACGUAUUAACAUAUUUACUUGCGUCUCUCUAAAUGAGCCCUUACAAUUUAACUUUUAUACUAGAACACCAAGUGUAUAUAGGAGCCAUAUUUUUUGUAAAUUACGAUUAAAUGUAUUAUCCAUUGAAACAUUGUAUCUCGAUUUUUGAAUAAAUCGGUAAUAUCACGAAAGUUGGCCUUUU